AUGCAUUUUCCAUUUUUCGCCGCUCUUCUGGCUACUGCCUUUGUCAACGCCAACCCCGUCCCCGAAAACCUUGAUGACAUUGCCACCAGCGCAGAAGAUGCACUGGCGAAGGCUGCAGCAACCGCGCCUGAGCUUGUGAGCCGUAAAGACUGGCUCUGCGAUCCCGUGCUUCAGAGCUGUGGCACUGGAGACCCCAGCGAGGCUCAUUACUGCCGACCUAACUCGUGCACCGGAUGGCAUGGAUGCAUUCCCUACACCACCUCAACCGGCCAGAGGUACGCAUAUUGCUCUUAA